AUGUAUUUUUACUUUUUUGUCUUCCUUUUAUAUUAUAUAUUUACUCUCUCUCUCUCUCUCUCUCUCUCUCUCCCCACUGUAUGUAUUUUUAUAUUAUCUCUUCCUUUUAUCUUAUAUAUUUUCUCUCUUUUCCUUCUUUAUCUCUCUCCUAUAUAUUUUUCUUUUUUCUUUUCCUUUUAUAUUAUAUAUUUUUCUCACUCUGUCUCUGUCUCUCUCCCUCACUCUUCUUCUGUAUUUUUAUAUUUUCUGUUUCUUUAUAUUAUAUAUUUUCACUCUCUCUCUCUCUCUCUCUCUCUUUUCACUCUCUCUCCCUCUCUCUCUCUCUCUCUCUCUUUCACUCUCUCUCCCUCUCUCUCUCUCUCUCUCUCUCUCUCUCUCUCUCUCUCCCCUGUAUUUUUUACUUUUUCUUUUACUUCUAUAUUAUCUAUUUUUCUCUCUCUCUCUUCCUUUUUCCUUUCCACCUUUUCUUCUUCUUCGUCUUCUUCUUCUUCUUCUUUUUUCUUCUCUUCCUUUUCUCUUCUUUCGCCUUCUCUUCCUUCUUCCACUUUUUCUUCUUCUCCUUAUAUUCCUCCUCCUCUUCUUACGUCUUCCCCUUUCCUUUUUCUCUUUCCUUCCUUCGCCUUCUUAAGCUCUUCCUUUUUCCUUUCCACCUUUUCUUCUUCUUCGUCUUCUUCUUCUUCUUCUUUUUCUUCUCUUCCUUUUUCUCUUCUUUCGCCUUCUCUUCCUUCUUCCACUUCUUCUUCUCCUUAUAUUCCUCCUCCUCUUCUUACGUCUUCCCCUUUCCUUUUCUCUUUCCUUCCUUCCCAUCUUAAACUCUUCCUUUCUCCUUUCCACCUUUUCUUCUUUUUCUUCUUCUUCUUCUUCUUCUUCUUCUUCUCUUCCUUUUUCUCUUCUUUCUCCUCCUCUUCCUUCUUCCACUUCUUCUCCUUAUAUUCCUCCUCCUCUUCUUACGUCUUCCCCUUUCCUUUUUCUCUUUCCUUCCUUCGCCUUCUUAAACUCUUCCUUUCUCCUUUCCACCUUUUCUUCUUCUUCUUCUUCUUCUUCUUCUUCUUCUUCUUCUUCUUCUUCUUCUUCUUCUCUUCCCUUUCUCUUCUUUCUCCUCCUCUUCCUUCUUCCACUUCUUCUCCUUAUAUUCCUCCUCCUCUUCUUACGUCUUCCCCUUUCCUUUUUCUCUUUCUUUCCUUCGCCUUCUUAAACUCUUCCUUUCUCCUUUCCACCUUUUCUUCUUCUUUUUCUUCUUCUUCUUCUUCUUCUUCUUCUCUUCCUUUUUCUCUUCUUUCUCCUCCUCUUCCUUCUUCCACUUCUUCUCCUUAUAUUCCUCCUCCUCUUCUUACGUCUUCCCUUUCCUUUUUUCUCUUUCCUUCCUUCGCCUUCUUAAACUCUUCCUUUCUCCUUUCCACCUUUUCUUCUUCUUUUUCUUCUUCUUCUUCUUCUUCUCUUCCUUUUUCUCUUCUUUCUCCUCCUCUUCCUUCUUCCACUUCUUCUCCUUAUAUUCCUCCUCCUCUUCUUACGUCUUCCCCUUUCCUUUUUCUCUUUCCUUCCUUCGCCUUCUUAAACUCUUCCUUUCUCCUUUCCACCUUUUCUUCUUCUUCUUCUUCUUCAUUUCUUCCUUUUUCUCUUCUUUCUCCUCCUCUUCCUUCUUCCACUUCUUCUUCUCCUUAUAUUCCUCCUCCUCUUCUUACGUCUUCCCCUUUCCUUUCUUCUUUUUCUCUUUCCCUCCUUCGCCUUCUUAAGCUCUUCCUUUCUCCUUCCGACCUUUUUUCCCUUCUUCUUCGUCUUCUUCUUCUUCUUUGUUGCCUUCUUUGUCGUAUUAUUAUUAUUCUCUGGUCAUGCCUUCUUCUUUUACUUCUUCUUCACCUUCUUUUUAUCUUUCUUUCCUUCGUCGUAACAUUUUUCUUCUCUUUCUUUUUCUUUUUCUCCUCCCUUCAUUAUCUACUUCUUCUCCUUUCCAUCUCUCUCUUCUCCAUUUCUUACUUUUUCACUUUCUUCUUCCCCUUCCUUCGUCUUUUCUUUCUUUCGAAUUCUCAGCCUCUUCCUUCUCUUUCUUCUCCUUCAUAUAUUUUCUUCUUUUUCUUGUCUUUAUCAUCUUCUUCACCUGAUCCUUCUUUUCUUUCUUCUCCUUCCCUUACUUCUUUCUCCUUUUCUUCCUCUUCCUCUUCUCCUUCUUCUUUCCUCUUCUUCUUCUUCUUCACUGCCUCUAUCUUCUUCUUUUUCUUCUUCUCUUACUCCUUCUCCUUCCCUUUCUUAUUUUUCUCUUACCUUCCUUCGUCUUCUCAACCUCUUCCUUCUCCCUUUUACUCUUCCUUCUCCAUCCUUCUUCUUCUUCUAUCUCUAUCACUCUGUGUCUCUCUCACAUUCACUCUCCCAGAAUUCCUGACUGUAUCUCUUUCACUCACUCAAAUUCAUUCUCUCUCUACCACUUUCAGUCUAUCUACCUCACACUCAUCCUCCCUCUCAAUUUGUCUACCUCAUUCUCUCUCUCUUUCUCCUCUCUCACUCACAGUCUGUCUCCAUCACUUCCUGUCUCUCUCGCAUUCACGCUCUCAAAAUUCCUUAGUGUAUCUCUCUCACUCUCUCAAAUUCAUUCUCUCUCUACCACUUUCAGUCUAUCUUCCUAACUUUCUCCUAGACGAAUUAGAGUCUAUCUAUCUAUCUAUCUAUCUAUCUAUCUAUCUAUCUAUCUAUCUAUAA